AUGAAGGUGUCGAAUUCAUUUGCAUGGCCAAAUUUCCACAACUGCUGCCUUCGUCUAUUAUCCGGCCUUCAUGCCAUUGUGGUGGCUCCUGACUAUCGUCUUGCACCAGAGCAUAGACUUCCGACAGCCUUGGAAAACAGUUAUGGUGGUCUAAAGUGGAUACAAACGAUGGCUAAAGGUGGUGACUCUUCUGGUGGGAAUAUAGCACACUACUUGGCGGUUCAGCUAAGACCGUGUCCAACGGAGCUGUCACCGGUGAGGAUACGAGGGUAUGUGAUGCUGACGCCUUUUUUUGGUGGGACAAAGAGAGACCAAUCAGAGUUGGAAGGGUUGACGGAAAAGGUUUUAACGUUGGAGCUUUUUGACAUGUAG